GUCUCGAGUAGACGGCGACGACGGAAAGAACGAGAAUCAGCGAAGACAUAACAGCGAAAAAUGGCGAGGGGACAUACCGGAGAGUUUUUCAGGAGAAGGGAUCAGUGGAGGAAGCAUCCGAUGCUUUCGAAUCAGCUCCGACACGCCACCCCUGGGCUUGGAAUCGCCCUCGUGGCUUUCGGCAUUUACCUCGUCGGUGAACAAGUCUACAAUAGGCUAAAUUCUCCUUCCUCUCACCACUCUCACUCUUCCUCUUCCGUUCAUUCUUCUCACUGAUGUGGAACUCGUGUCUUGCCGCUUCUCUCAGGUACAUUCCCUGGACCCUGGAAUGCAUCAUUUAUUUCUAGGACGUUUAAUAAUAAGCCUUUGGUUGACUUGAAUUUGCA